CGACCUCUACAGCGUCCCACUUCAGCGCCGAGCACCCAGCGUAGUCGACAGGCUUAUUGCCCCCUGCUCACCCUCUCAACCCCCGCAACCACCCCUCCCCCCCCCCCAACCGCCACGAUGCCCUACACCCUCGUGAUCGACAACUACGACAGCUUCACGUGGAACGUGUACGCCGACCUCGCGACGCUGGGCGGCAACCCGCUCGUCGUGCGCAACGACAAGAUCACGCUCGCCGAGAUCGAGGCCAUGUACACCAAGGGCGAGAUUGACCGCGUCGUCAUCUCCCCCGGCCCCGGCCACCCGCGCACCGACUCUGGCAUCUCGCGCGAUGUCAUCACCUGGGCGACGGGCAAGGUGCCCGUGCUCGGCGUGUGUAUGGGGCUGGAGUGUAUCGUCGACGUGUUGGGCGGUGAGAUCGCAUACGCCGGUGAAAUUAAGCACGGAAAGACCUCGCUCGUCAAGCACGAUGCCCGCGGCAUCUUCCACGACCUGCCACCACUGCUCGCGUCGACGCGCUACCACUCGCUCGCGGCCAAGCUGCUCACCCUCCCCCCGAUCCUGGCGGUGACGUCCACGACCGAGGAGUCGGGCGUCAUCAUGGGCGUCCGCCAUCGCGUGCACACGGUCGAGGCGGUCCAGUACCACCCCGAGUCGUGCAUGUCCGAGGGCGGCCAGGGACUGUUCGCCAACUUCCUCAAGCUCAAGGGUGGCAGCUGGGGAGGGGAGAACGCGUGGUGUGGCGUUGAGGCCGCCGAGGGUGCCGAGCAGCAGCCCGCCACGUCCAACGGCGCCGCGGCCAAGUCGGCCGGCCAGCCCUCUGUCCCCUCGAUCCUGAACAAGAUCAAGGCCCAGCGCCUGUCCGACGUCGAGGACGCCAAGGCCACGCUCGCCACCACGCCCGCAAACGUCGCCACCUCGCUCAAGCUCCACACCUCGCCCUCGCUCAUCUCGUUUGUUGACCGCUUGAAGUCGACCCCGCACACGGCUGUGCUGGCCGAGGUGAAGCGCGCGUCGCCGUCCAAGGGCGACAUUGCUCCCGACACCUCGGCGCCGGAGCAGGCCCUGCGGUAUGCCGCUGCCGGCGCCAGCGUCAUUUCGGUCCUUACCGAGCCCACCUGGUUCAAGGGUACCCUCGGAGACAUGCUCGCCGUGCGCCAGGCAGUCGACUCGAUGCCCAACCGCCCCGCUAUCCUCCGCAAGGACUUUAUCCUUGCUCCUUAUCAGAUCGACGAGGCGCGUCUCAACGGCGCCGACACGGUCCUGCUCAUCGUCGCCAUGCUCUCCCCCGCCAAGCUCAAGGAGCUAUACGACUACUCAGUCAGCCUCGGCAUGGAGCCCUUGGUCGAGGUCAACAACCCCGCCGAGCUCGAGGUCGCCCUCGAGGUCGGAUCCAAGGUUAUCGGUGUCAACAACCGCAACCUGCACGACUUCAACGUCGACAUGAGCACGACGAGCAGGGUCAACGACGCGGUCAAGGGCCGCGAUGUGACUCUUAUCGCCCUGAGCGGUAUUGCCUCGGCAGCUGACGUCGAAAAGUACGUCGCUGAGGGCGUCAAGGCCGUGCUUGUCGGCGAGUCGCUCAUGCGCGCACCUGACUCUGGCGCCUUCCUCCGCGAGUUGAUCGGCUUGGAGAAGCCCGCCCCCGCACCUGCCCAAAAGCCCCUUGUUAAAAUCUGCGGCGUCCGUUCGGCAAAGGACGCCCAGGCCGCCAUCGACGCCGGCGCCGACCUCAUUGGCAUCAUCCUCGUCCCCGGAACAAAACGCCACGUCGACCUGGCCACCGCGCGCGCGAUUGCCGACGUCGUCCGCACCGCAAGGAGUAAGUCUGAGCGCUCGGCACCCUCGGCCGACCCCACACCACUCUGGUUCGGGAACCACGCCAAGCGGUUGCGCAGCCGGCGCCUGCCGCUCCUCGUCGGCGUGGUGCGCAACCAGCCACUCGAGGAGGUCGCCGACCUGGUUGACGACAUUGGCCUCGACGCUGUCCAGCUGCACGGUGACGAGCCGCAGGGAUACGCCCGCCAGCUCCCCGUGCCGACGAGCAAGGUGUUCCGCGUCGCGGCCGACGGCUCUGUGCGUGGCGGCCAGCCCUCGCGCCCAGGCCUGAACGAGUUUGUGCACCUCGACACGCAGGGCGCUCCUGGCGGCGAGGGUGGCGGUGAGGGCGUCGCAUUUGACUGGACCGUGGCGAAGCACAUCGUCGACGCCGGCGAGGUCGGCGCGCCCAGCAGCCCGCUGCCUAUCAUCCUCGCGGGCGGAUUGAACCCCGAGAACGUCGCGCGUGCCAUCGAGACUGUCGGCUCGGUGCUCGCCGUCGACGUCAGCACUGGUGUCGAGGGCGCCGACGGGCUCAAGGACGCCGAGAAGCUCAAGGCGUUCGUCAAGGCCGUCAAGGGAUAAUAGCAGUAGAUGGUGAACAUGCAUACAUACAGGGAUG